CCGCGACUGCUACCGGACACUCUCUAAACUACAUACAAACAAAUUCCAUUCUGCUCGUUUCCUUCUCCUCCUCCUUCUUCCAUUUCUGAUUCUUUGUGCUGUUUUCAUUCCACCAAACUCCAUAGCUACUCCUCUUCUAUCUCCUUCCCAACUGGGUCUCUUUCCCCUUCUACCUUCCUUUUCGGGGACCCCAGUUAAAUGGGUAUUGGGUUGUUGUUCUUCCUCUUCUUCUUCUAUUCAAGACCUUUCCCCUUUUCCAAACCUCCUCAUAUUCCUUGCUUUCCCUCUGAAUAUUCAUCAAAUUCACUACAAACUUCAGUUUCAAGUACAGAAUUCUGAAAACCAAAUUAGGGAAUCGCCUUUUUUUCCCCCCCUUUGCUUUCAUCUCUGCAUGCUUCACGAUUUUGGAUCAAAAUGAUCAAGGCCUUCGCUUCUAGUUUCGUACCAUCGGAGUCGAAGAAUAGAUUACGCCUCUGUACCUUCUUCAUUGCCAUAUUACUUGGUGCUGGAGCUUAUUUCAUUGCAAGUGAAUUCAUUACAAAGGAAAUGUUUAGAUGGGAGGCAUUUUAUCCUGCCCGAAAUGUAAAGUCCAGCACGUGCAAGAAUCGAUGCAGACCUCCUGGGAGUGAGUCUUUGCCAGAAGGAAUCAUUACUAAAACAUCUAACUUCGAAUUUCAUCCUCUAUGGGGUUCAAGUGUACAAAAUAAAAUGCUGAAGAUGUCUAAGAACUUGUUAGCUAUUGCUGUUGGGAUCAAACAAAGACGUGUAGUGUCAAAAAUUGUCGAAAAGUUCCCUCGAGACGAUUUUGACGUGAUUCUUUUUCAUUACGAUGGUGUUGUGGAUGAAUGGAGGGAUUUUGCAUGGAGUUCUCGAGCACUACAUGUCUCUGCAUUGAAUCAGACAAAAUGGUGGUUCGCCAAGCGUUUCUUGCAUCCAGAUAUUGUUGCUGAAUAUAAUUAUAUCUUUCUUUGGGAUGAGGACCUUGGCGUCGAGAAUUUUAACCCGAAACGAUAUGUAUCAAUCCUCAAGGAGGAGGGGCUUGAGAUAUCACAACCAGCUCUCGAUCCUGUUAAGUCCAAGGUGCACCAGCUGCUUACUGCACGCAAAACCGGAUCGAAAGUACACAGAAGGUUUUAUAAUUUCAAGGGCAGUGGACGGUGCAACGCUAAUAGCACGGCUCCUCCAUGCACAGGAUGGGUAGAAAUGAUGGCUCCUGUGUUCUCCAGGGCAGCAUGGCGAUGCACAUGGUAUAUGAUUCAGAAUGACUUGAUCCAUGCAUGGGGCUUAGAUCGACAGCUUGGCUAUUGUGCACAAGGUGACCGAACACAAAAAGUUGGCGUUGUCGAUGCCGAAUACAUCGUUCAUCUAGGUCUGCCCACGCUCGGUGCUUCCCAUGACAAUGUGGAACCCAAAAUGGAUAAUCGAGUUAAAGUGAGGAUGCAAUCUUCCUUAGAAAUGCAGAUCUUCAAGGAACGAUGGACGGACGCUGCAAAGAAGGACAAGUGUUGGAUCGACCGAUAUCGGUAGUUACCGAAAUCGUUUAAUGUUCAUCUUAAUGAAUAAAACUGGAAGUGAAGGUGUUCCAGUCUUUCAGUAACAGAGCUCAAACACAGGCUGAGCAUGCAGCUGCUUAGAUAAGAUUCUAGUUGUCUCACAACUUAUACCCAACAAAUUCAAAUUAACCAAGAACGAGGCUUUUCAUUGGAUCAACUCACUUUCUUUUACUGUAUACAAAAUCAUAUCUUACAUAACUUUUUUUUUUGGUUGGUUGUAAAUGCAUUAUAGUCUUUCGAGAAAAUUAAGGUUCGGAAAUUUGGUGUUUGUAAAAGUUUCCAUGUAUUUUGAAUAAAUGUAAACUUUCUUUUACUUGGGA